AUUGAUUGGCGAUUGUAACUUUUCUCAUAAUCCAAUCUGAACCUACAUUCGUCAAGAGUUAACCUCCAAACUAACGAACACAAACUACAGUACUAACAACAACAAAGUCUUCCAUACCAUGGUAUCACCUCUCAGCGCCAGAUUGCUAGCUGGCUACUCCAGCAGUAUCAGCAGCGACGGAAUAAGUCGAACAUCAUCACAUCGUACAGGAAGCAACCAGCCUCCAUCGUCGCUUCUGGGUGGUCGAAGCGGCUAUUCUGCCGACAGCGACCGAAUGUCCUCCAAGGGCCCACCGUGCACCAUUGGCAUGACGUCGAAACGAGUAAAGCGAGAACCCGAUUCUCGAGACGCUUCACCAGGCAAAAGACGCAAGUUGGAAGAAAUGAACUUCGAUGCUGCAUGCGCGAAGGACAAUCUCGAACGCGCAGGAAUCUCCUUGCCCAGUAUUAUGCCAAAUGAUUCGAAAAUAUUCCCUUUGUCGUCUAAAGUUGAUAUGAGUAAGGUUGAACACGUUUCUAGCAAGGACUUUCAACCCUUAUCCUGGGCGCCUCCGGCUGGUGCGGUUGACUUAUUUGCUUCCGUCCUGCAGAUGGCCCAAGCCUGCAAAUCGUGCUAUAACACAAUUCCCGUAGUAGCGGGGUCAAAACAAGCGGUAACGGAUCCAGAUACGAGUACAAGCUCAGUUACCGACACAGAUAGCGAAGAGGGAAAUACGUCAUCGGCUGAUUCUCAAAGGGACAAGCCGGAACCUUCGCUUGUGGCUAUGGGAGACGCGCUGUCGAUUGAUAUGCAAGCUCUUGGUCUGAAAGGAGAGCGCACGGUGAAUCGAGUUAGUGCUAGAAUGGUUGUUCUUGCCUUUGAACCUUUUACCGUCAUUCACGUAAACCGAGCUUACACUAAAAUGACGGGUGUUGCGCCGUCAGAUAUUUUAGGCAAGCCUUUUCGGCAUGCCUUGGAUAAAGGCGAACUUAGCGACCUACUGCUUUCCACUGGAGAAUGCAAGUCUCUAAUGGAUAUCAAUGGACGAGUGCUUAGAACGAAAGCCACCAAGCAGCUGCAGUGCCAGAUGAAUGUCUCGAAGCUGUCUACAGAAUACUACUCGGUUGCUGGCUAG